AGCACAUCAGAAAGGAUGACUAUCUGGCUCCAGAACAGAAGAAUGUGAUUGUUUUGUUCCCUCAGCUUUUCCCCGUGUAUGUUCUUGUUUGCAUCAGGGGUAACAGGACAGCAGAGCACCAUGGCUCAACAAGGUUGGUCUUUGUCAUCCAUUUUACACACAGUUCUGGCAGCUUUAUAUAACAGAGUGUCACUGGCGGUAUCCUGGCGUAUCAGGAAGCUGAAACAGAAAGGACGCUCAUUAUUAGCUGAUGCUGAGGAGCAGAAGGAGAAGGCACAACUACAAGAGCUGAUAGUUCGCCUCCAGGAGGAAAAUGAGCGACUGGAGAGAGAACACAAACUUCUGAAGACACAACGACACAAAGUGGAUGUCACCCUGGAUCCUGACACUGCCCACCCCAGACUGGAAAUCUUUAACAAUGGGAAGAGUGUGAAAGAUACUGGUACCAUCAAGAAGGUGUCCAGGAAUGAGAAGAGAUUUGAUUCCCACACGUUUGUGCUGGCAAAGGAAGGAUACACAUCUGGGAGACACUACUGGGAAGUGGAUGUUGGCAAGAGAAGCAGCUGGGCCUUGGGUAUUGCCCGGGAAUCUGUGACUCGCAAAGGGACAUUGACUCUGUCCCCCAAGAAUGGCUUCUGGGUCAUGGGGUGUACAGAUGGGCGAGAGUAUUGGGCCUACACAGAGCCUUGGACCCGUUUGAGUGUGGGUGGGAAGGUGCCAGAGAUUGGGAUCUUCCUGGACAUCUCAUCCAAGCAGCUGUCAUUUUACAAUGUCCGUAAGAAAGCAGCUCUGCACACUUUCACCAUUGCUGAUGGCAGCAGCGGGGAAGGGAAACUCCUUCCCUUCUUCUCCACAGGCUCAGCUGCUGCAAAGCCUGACACUGAGCCACUGAACAUAGUGUAGAGGUUUGAUGAUGAUGAUGAAUAGAUCACUCUGCAUUGUGAAGGUCUAGAAUGUACAGCCAGGGAUGAGAUGGAGAUGUGAUCAACCUGCUGCCUUGUUUGUAUCUCCUGAACACAGCUGAGGUAGGAAGGGACAGAUGUAGUAGAGUGACCAGCUCUGACAGCUUUUAAACUAUGCAUCAGAAUGAAAAAGCUAUUGAGGCAAAUUUUAGGGGCUCAAGAAAAAACUUUUUUUUUUUUUUCGUGGCAACAUGGAAUAAAUACUUCUUCUGGAAGGUGUGUUUUCAGAAAAAUUUACUGGUCCUUUUUCUUAUACUUUGUUGUUUUGGGUUUUGUUGAAGAGGAAGAAUGAUAGAGCAACCUGGUAAGAACCUGGUGUCCAGCCAAGGUCAAGCCACCAUAGAUGUCCAGUUGGCUUUUGACUAUCUCCCAGGAUGGAGACUCUCUUGGAAACUUGUGCUUGGUCACCUUCACAGUAAUAAAGCAUUUCCUGAUGUUCA